UCGUGGCGCCGCCUCCUCGCCAGAGAACUACAAUCCCGGCAUGCUUUGCGGCUCUUGCCAGCAUUUCUUGUCGACGUGGGAAGGGAGGGAUUCGGACACAAACAAACGUCCACGGGUUUGAUGUCGGACUUAGGUGACAGAUAACCGUGACAUGUCCGGCGGAUUCAAAAGAUAACUCCGUGACAUUUGAAACAUGUGGCUCAAACCGGAAGAGAUCCUGCUGAAAAACGCGUUUAAAUUAUGGGUCACCGAGAAGGAUAACGAGUACUUCGUCCUGCAAAGGAGACGAGGGUACGGAGAAGGUGGAGGCGGCUUGACAGGGCUCCUUGUGGGGACUCUGGAUACCGUGUUGGACUCCACAUCCAAAGUUGCUCCCUUUCGCAUUCUGCACCACACACCUGACUCACAGGUGUACUGGUCAAUAGCAUGCGGUGUCACCAAAGAAGAGAUUGUCCAGCACUGGGACUGGCUGCAGCAGAACAUCAUGAGGACGCUGUCUGUUUUUGACUCCAGUGAAGACAUCACCAGCUUUGUACAGGGCAAGAUCAGAGGUCUCAUUGCUGAGGAAGGGAAGACGUCCCUGGUGCUGGAGGACGAUCCAGAGAAGUUCAGAGAAGCACUCCUGAGGUUUGAGAAGUGGUUCGAGCUGCCGCCGGAGGAGAAGCUGGUCACAUACUACUCAUGCAGUUACUGGAAAGGCAAAGUGCCCUGCCAGGGCUGGCUCUACCUCAGCACAAACUUCCUGUGCUUCUAUUCAUACCUGCUGGGAGCUGAGGUGAAGCUGGUCAUUUCCUGGGACGAGAUCUGGAGGCUGGAGAAAACCUCAAACGUCCUACUGACCGAGAGCAUCCACGUCUUGGCUCACGGGGAGGAUCACUACUUCUCCAUGCUGUUGCACCUUAAUGAAACAUUUGUUAUCAUGGAACAGCUGGCCGACUACUCCAUCAAACGUCUUUUUGAUAAAGAGGCCUUCCAGAGAGAGCCGGCGCUCUCUGACCCUCUGCAGAUCACCAAGAGAGGCCUCGAAGCUCAUGCAAAGAGCGAGCAGUUCCAGACGUUUUUCAGGCUUCCCAAAGAGGAAAAUCUGUUGGAGGUGCACGAGAGCUUCCUGUAUGUGCCCUUCAGCCACUACAACACGCUUGGCAAGAUCUGUCUGUCGGAGAACUAUUUGUGUUUCGCCAGCCAGGAUGGAAGCCAAUGCCAUGUCAUCAUUCCAAUGCGAGAGGUUGUAAACGUUGAAAAGCCGGACUCCAGCAGCAGGGCUUUAACGGUGUGUGUGCGCGGCAAGAGGGCGCUGCGUUUCUCUGAAGUCCGGGAUUAUCAGCGACUUGCCAACACGAUUCGUAGCAGGUGUGGGAUUAGUGCCAGCCCUCAGCACUCUGCUUCAUCCGGGGCCAUACGAGGCGAGUGCCAGUCGCUCAUCAACCACUUCGAGGACAACCCAGAGGACGUAACACUGAUGGUGGGACAGAAAGACAGCAGCAAGGCCGUGAGCACCGAGGCUCUCAUGACUGUUUUCCACCCCCAGGAUGUUGAAAACCUCGACCCCAAAAUGCUCAAAGAAAAGAUGAAGGAGCAGUCAUGGAACAUCCAUUUCUCUGAAUAUGGACGCGGCACGAGUAUGUUCUUCACCAAGAAGACACGAGACCUGAUUGUUCGUGGCGUUCCUGAGGCCUUGAGAGGAGAGCUGUGGAUGCUGUUCUCAGGAGCUGUGAACGACAUGGCCACCCACCCCGGCUAUUACACAGAGCUGGUUGAACAGUCUCUGGGCACAAGCACUUUGGCAACGGAUGAGAUCGAGAGAGACUUGCACCGUUCUCUGCCAGAUCACCCUGCCUUUCAGAGCGACACAGGAAUCUCAGCUCUACGCAGAGUCCUCACUGCCUAUGCAUACAGGAACCCUAAAAUCGGCUACUGCCAGGCCAUGAACAUCCUCACGUCAGUUCUCCUGCUCUACGCGAAAGAAGAGGAGGCGUUCUGGCUCUUAGUGGCCGUCUGUGAGAGGAUGCUGCCGGAUUACUUUAACCGCCGAAUUAUUGGUGCUUUGGUCGACCAGGCGGUUUUCGAGGAUCUGAUUCGGGAAAACCUCCCCCAGCUGGUGGAGCAUAUGACGGACCUGAGUUUCUUCUCGUCCGUGUCCUUGUCCUGGUUUCUCACUCUCUUCAUCAGCGUCCUGCCCAUAGAGAGCGCCGUGAACGUGGUCGACUGUUUUUUCUACGACGGCAUAAAAGCCAUCCUGCAGCUCGGCCUGGCAGUGCUGGACUACAACAUGGAGGCUCUGAUCAGCUGCCACGACGACGCAGAGGCCGUCACCAUCCUCAACAAAUUCUUUGACAGUGUGACAAACAAAGACAGUCCGUUGCCUCCAACGGUGCAGCAAGCUUCAGUGGGCAAUAACGACAAAACAUCCCACUUUAAUGUGGAUAUCAGUGAACUGAUCCGAGAGGCCUACGAGAAAUAUGGACACAUCCGUUCAGAGGAAGUCGAGAGUUCACGGAAAAGAAACAAACUGCACGUAAUCCAGACACUGGAAGAUACAACCAAGCAGAACGUUAUUCGGGUGGUGUCCCAAGAAGUCAGAUUCAGUGCCUCACAGCUUGAUGAGCUUUAUAACUUGUUCAAAAGGCAGCAUUUUCUCAGCUGCUACUGGACGAUGAAGAGUCCAGCUCUCCUCCAUCAUGACCCCAGCCUGGCUUAUUUGGAGCAGUACCAGUUGGGUUUCCAACAGUUCAGCGUGCUCUUCUCCCUGCUGGAGCCUUGGGCUUUUUGCACCAACAAGAGCACCCUCUCCCUCUGGAUCUUCCGCCUGAUCGACGAGAAUCAGGACGGCCUCGUCAACUUUAAAGAGUUCUGCUACGCUCUUGAUACUUUGUACAGCGGAUCUUUCACAAACAAGCUGAAAUUCCUCUUCAAGCUGCACCUGCCACCAGCUUUUACAGGUAGUCCUUUGCACUUAAAGGAACAAAGAAUCCAGCACUUUAUCCCAGUGACUGAAGACUCUUCUCACUUGAGUAGACUCACUGCAUUUGAUCUCCCUGAAGAUGGCGUGAUAAGGAAAAGCCCUGAAAGAGGCAGAGGAAAGGUGGACCUGCAGGCCUACCUGAAGCAAUGGCAAAAUGAGAUACUUAAGAAAGAGGAAACCAUCAAGGACCUACCCCGAAUUAAUCAGACUCAGUUUAUCCAGUUCUCCAAGACCCUCUACAACAUCUUUCAUGGCGAUCCAGAUGAGGAGUCUCUUUACCGAGCUGUGGCCCAUGUGACCAGCCUCCUCCUGAGGAUGGAAGAGGUCGGACGGAGGCUCCAGGAGCCGAGCAGCCCACCUGAAUCCACAAAAUCUGCAGACAGCCCUCCUGCUGGUGCUGCUGCUGCCGCCGCCGCCGCCCCAGAAGAGUCGCCUUCAACCGAAGAAGCUUCCACCACCCCGGAGAGCUCCGACACCCCCGGCUCACACAACAGCCAGGAAGCAGCGCCGGACCUCUCGGAGAUAGAGUGGUCGUUUUCCUUCGAGCAGGUCCUGGCUUCCCUGCUGAACGAGCCGGCCCUGGUGACCUUCUUUGAGAGGCCCGUCGACGUUCAGACUAAACUGGCACAAGCCAGGGUCGCCCAGCUGAAGCUGAAGGUCAAUAAGUGAAAGGGAUGCAAUUGUUGAUCGAUUCAAACCCACACGUCACCAUGAAUUUCCUUUUCUCCACGUGGAUAAGGCACGACAUCUCCAACACUGUUGUAACACUGACCAACAACCUUCAGUGUGAUCUCAUGUUAGGCCUCGUGGCAGACAUCCAGCAGGUCACUGCUCCUCAAAUCUGAUUAUGCAUUUUUUUAGCCAUCUGUGAUGAAAUUCAUUCUCUCGUGUAGCUUCAGAUUUUAAGUUGAGUUUAAAAUGUAUCCUCCCCAUAUGCCAUGGAGCACACACAGUAUAGUUUCUACUGUAUGAUGGACAUUCAGCACUGUAGUUUGUCCUCUCCAUAACAAAUGACUUAGACAAGGUGACUGAGAGUCUGCAGGAGGGAAGGUUCUCCUGGACAUCUCGAUAUAUUUUCUGUCACUGCUGUAGUGAAACAAAAACGUAAAUGCUGAUGUGUCCUGUGACUUAAGUGUCUCUGUUUUUUCGGGCAUCAUUAGUGUAAACUUAUUGUGAGAAAACACACCAGCUUUCCAGUCAAUACAACAAGGCACAGAAUAAAUAUUAGUACAGUGAGCGAGGACAUGCUGCGGUGUCUCUGGAAGCCAUAAAACUGAUUUCAGAUUAUUAUCUGAAUGAGGAUGUCCGAUGCAUUUUACAGAGAGCAUAAAAAGAGUCUAUUCUAUUAUAAAUUUGCAAUAAUAUAUAAAUAAGUAAGAGGGGAUGCCGUAACUGCCACAACACAGCUCAUCUGUCUCAUUCGUCCCGACGGCAGCACAUGCAGUAACAAUAUUAUAGCAUGACUUCAAGUGUGUCAUACUUGAAAACCGUGGCGUGUAAAGUUAUAAUAGUUUGAAUUCCACAGUGCUGCUGUAACAAAGUCUCCUGCGUCCGCUUGUGAAAAAUACGCCGUGUGUGAUCUCUACAGUGCGAUCGAUCGAUGUGCUGUUUGCUUUACGUCCGUCUUACCGUACACGUAGGAUGUCGUGUUCUCGUAUAAGUGCAGCAUUUUGUACGUAGAGGUCAGUUCGGUAGUCGUUUUGAUUAUUGUAUUUAUGAGGUAUGAUAUGAGCUGGUGGACUGUUGUGGACACAGCUUAAAACUUUUCGAAGGACGUUUUGUUUUAUCAAAUCUCAGGGUGCAAUUUGUGUAAAAUAAAAGGGAUAUUUUUUCGACCUGGGACAUAUAAAGUAUACGACUGAGUUAUACAAAGCUUACAAAUGUCUGUAACCUUCAAAUAUAGAGCAUGUGUAGCAUCUUUAUCGGAUUGCCACAGAAAGCCAGAUCUGACUUGAGUAUUUCAGUUAUUUUUCUGUGCAUUUUCCGCUUACUUUCUUCGUUUUCUGCUUCUGUCUCAGUGAAAUCAUUCGCAGUCAUUUUGCACAGUUGUUUGAGAUUCAUGAGUAGAUAUGUGUGUAUCUUGGCUCAAAUGCUUUUUCGAAAGGUCAUGACCGCUUUCUGCUGCAGGUUGUCGGCCUCCCGGGGCCAAAAUUCACAAAUUUAUAGCGUGAGGAGAAAAUGUGUUUUAGAAGCUCUUCAAGUGCAAGUGCAAUUUUUUAUUAUUCUGCCAUUUGCUCAGAACAUUUCACUUUAUUUUCUUAAUUAAGUCCUUAUUUUUUCACUUCAGGACCAAUCUGGUGCGUUUUGUUAUGUGAUUACUUGGGCUGGAUUGUUGAUUGUUGUCACUCCUUAAAUCCAAAGCUCGAUCGGUGGCUUUAGUUUAAAACCUGAAGCCGUAAAAAGAAAAAGUUUCAACAGGAGAGCUCGGCCUCUGGGCUUCAGGAGCCGAGCAGCUGAUUGUUAUCGUCAAAACAGAAACUUUAUUUCUUUAUUUAUUAUUUUAAUUUAAAAGAUGGCAAUGUUUUGCAAUAUUUUAAAACUUAAAUUAGAAAUUAUAACAAAACAUAAACAACAACCUCUUAUCAAAGAGAGUGUUUUCAUGUCAGUUUACUGCAUGCCUAAUAUAUUUCUGAUUAUUUGAUGAUAUCUUAAAGAUGAUAAAUCACAUAAAUAAGUCAAGUUUGCUUUCAAAAAUUCAUUUGCGGUUAAGAGGACAUAAAUCUUAUGAUGCUUUUUUUCCGCAGGCAUAGCUUUUGGAAAAUGGCUCUUUGUUGUUUUUUUGUUUUCUUUUUAAAUCUCAGAAUAGUUUGUGGUUUCCUCUUUGUGGGGAAAUAAAAAAGAGAGACUUUGUACUGUAUGAACAUAGAAGAUAAAUCCGAUUCAGUUCUGCCAUUAAAGCAUCAUAGUGUAUACACUAAGCAUGGGUAACGCUUCAGCUCCUGCAUCAGUAUAUGGUUAAUCAAGUCUUUAUAUGUGCAGAUGUAGUCUACAGCUUUUAUAGUCUGUAACUUUUGAUUGAAAGCUUGUUUUGCAAAAUAUGUGAAACAUAAAUAUUUCUGUUUACCUGCUUGAUUAUGAUUUUUCUUUUUUUUAAAGAAGUACCAGAAUAAAGAUUGAUGAUUCUAUGAA